AGCUGAUGGACUUUUAUCCACAGAGAGAAGGAAAGGUGCAGGUUGGAGGACAUGAAAAAGAUUUUUUGGGGGUAAAAGUCUUUAGAAAAUAAAGACUUUUACAGUAUUUACAGUAUUUAUUCCGCACAUUGAACACUAAGGGUUCUGUUACUGUUUUGGAAAGCAAUAUUGUCAAGACACAACUUUACUAUUUAAAACAACUCUUAAAUGCAUUAAGUUUCUUGCAUGUAUGCUUUCAGAGACUUAAAAGAAAUCCAAAGGUCCUUCUGCAACAAAUGUAUAGGAAGGAAGAUUUGUGUAAACUGGUGUUUCUUAAGGCUUUUUCCUCUCAGGGCCCUUUCUCGCUGUUUAAAAUUAUGGGUGACAAAAGACCUUUUGUUUAUGGGUUAUAUUUGUUGAUAUUUACCAUAUUCAAAAAUCAAAUAAACACAUUUGCUGCCUUUACUGCUUCUGAUGAUUGUUUGAUGGGAUUUUAAUAUUGUAUUAUUUUUCAGCAUAGGCUGGCAAAUAAUUUUGGUAGUGCAGAUCCUGAAAGAUACUUGGAUUACAUUUAAGAAAUACUGGUAUAAAUCAUUUAAAUAAUGUAGAUUAGAGGGGCAAAACCAAAAUUUAAAUUUGUUGUUGUUAAUACAGAAGGGGUGUGCUGGUAUACUCUAAAUUACAAGAGAAAUCUAACUCAGUUCACACAAUACACUAAAGAAGUCCCAGUGAAGCUUGCUUUGCUUUGGUUCAGAUUUGAUUCACAUGCAAUGAUGUCAAAAGAAAUCUUGUUAGAGCUUAGCUGAUAGUAUGCGUUAUUCAACAACCAUGAGUUAGCAUUAUGUGUGUAUGUGCAACCACUUAUAGUCCCCAAAGAUGCUCCCCAAUGAAAUUAAUCAUGGCUUCUGGGUUUACUUCAAGAUUCUGGCUUCUUCCGAAUUAUAAUUAAUCCAAGCUGGGUUCCUAGUGCGAAUCCAGACAAGGAACAAAUAGUGGUUCAGGGCCAACUUUCCUUUCAUUGCAGCGAUGCAGGCAGCCGCAGGAUCUUUCGGAGGCGCUGCCCUGCCCAGAGCCGGGCUUUCCUCUUCCGGGCGCUCAGCAUCGCCGUUACGUUUCAGUUGGCCGGAGUGCGGGUGUCUCGGCUAGCGCAGGGGGGACGGGGAUUGUGGUUCCCGGUUGUCUCGGGAUCCGCAGAGGGGCGCCGGGUCGGUGCGUGGUCCAGCUUUUCCAGGACCUCCUGCGAUGGAGGCGGUUUUGCGGCGAGAACUUGGCACCUCGGAGCUGCGGCCUGCGGGACACUCGGGGGGAGGCUGCAUCAGCCACGGCGAGAGUUUCCACACGGACCACGGGAAGGUCUACGUGAAGCGCAAUGACAAGGCCGAGGCCAGAAGAAUGUUUGAUGGAGAAAUGGCAAGUUUAGCUGCUAUUCUGCAAACACAGACUGUGAAAGUUCCUAAACCUAUCAAAGUUAUUGAUUUGCCAGAAGGUGGUACUUUAUUUGUGAUGGAACAUUUGGACAUGAGAAGUCUCAAUGGACAUGCAGAAAAACUUGGGAUGCAGUUGGCUGAUCUUCAUCUUCAUAAUCAAAAGCUUGGGGAAAAGUUGAAGAAAGAUGCAAACACUAUUGGUAAAAGUCAGAUGGAUAUUCAGUUUGUGGAAGAGUUUGGGUUUCAUUCUGUCACUUGUUGUGGUUAUCUUCCACAGGUUAAUGACUGGCAACAAGACUGGAUAAAUUUCUUUGCUAGGCAACGAAUUCAGCCCCAGAUGGAUUUGAUUGAGAAGAAUUCAGGAGACAGAGAAGCAAGAGAGCUUUGGGCUCAACUUCAGGUGAAGAUACCCAAUUUGUUUGGUGAUCUGAAAAUAAUUCCUGCUCUCUUACAUGGGGAUCUGUGGGGAGGAAAUGUAGCUGAAGAUGAUUCUGGACCUAUUAUCUUUGAUCCUGCCUCUUUCUAUGGUCACUCUGAGUAUGAGUUGGCAAUUGCUGGAAUGUUUGGUGGUUUCAGUGGUUCAUUUUAUUCUGCUUACCAUGGUAAAAUCCCCAAAGCGCCAGGCUUUGAUAAACGGCUCAAACUUUAUCAACUAUUUCACUACAUGAACCACUGGAAUCACUUUGGUAGAGGCUACAGAGGGUCAUCUAUAGGUAUUAUGAAAAAUCUGGUGAAAUGACUUAUUGUGAAAUUUUAUUGACUGUGUUUGGAAAAAGACAUGGGUUUUCAGCUGCAAUGGUCUAUGAUAAUUUAUUAAGAGUUAUACCCAGUCUUUCAUCCUGGAGCCCCAGGUGGUACACGUAGCUCUGCUUCCAAUUUUUACCCAGGAGAGAGACAGAGAGAGAAAAACAAUGAUCACCUGGAAGUCACCCACUGAGCGUCCAUGGGUAAAUUUCCUCAUCCCACUCCAACAUCUUAAUUGCUAUAUUCCACUCGUUAUAAUUUAAAUUAUUAUCCCCUUUCCAUAAUUGAAGAUCAAUCCCACUAUGUCCCAAGCUUGGUAUCCUGUAACUACAGUUUAUUAAAGAGCUGCCCAAGGGGGGAGAUAAGACUUGCAGGAAAGCCUUUUUACUGUUAAGUUGGCGCCAUUGAGUUGAUUUAGUAGGUUGCAGUAGAAACAAUAGUUUAGAUACAUGCUGUGCCAGCAAGGUGGAAAGGGAACAAAACCAACAAUAAUGAUAAAGACACAAUUGGAGGUCUUAAUGAUCUUUUUUUCAUAGUACAGUACAUAUGAAUAUAUUGGGAAUUUUCUUACUUGCUAUGAAACUAAGAUUACUCUCUGUGUUUAUAAUAUUACUUAUAUUUCAGUAUUCUCCUUAUAGCUGCAUUUACACUAGAAGCAUGUUCUAAGCUAAAAUUGGAAUAUAUAGGAUGCUGCCUAGGUGACUUUUGUUGUUUCUGCUGUGAGUAUUGUUAGCAUGGCUCUGGUUGUCAAAAUUCAGGACUCUGCCUGAAUCUUCCAAGUAUACUACAAUUUGCGUGAUGAUCUGGUUUGUUUUCCUUCUAUAAGGCUCCAGCUGGUGUAUAUUCCUAACUGCCAAAAAAACUUAACCUAAUCUUAUGCGUACAUUCAUGGAUUACAUUCAUGGACUAAGUUUAUAAGUGGCCGUAUCUAUUUCACAGUUUCUUUCUUGUGACUGGUUGGUUGGAAUAAUUUCUCUUUGAAGCCAUUCAACUGAGCUGGGACUCUAGUCCCAGAAACUCUAGCCAUCCAUUGCUGCUUUGGCUGAUAAAUCUUGGGUUGUAUGCAAGGAUGAGGUUAAAGUAGGCUGCCAGUGAUUUUUGCAGCUUGUUCUGAACUACUUUGAGUAUUGGUAAAAUUGAAGCAACCUUUGUGCUGAUAAAAUACUAAACACUACUUAAAAUUAAUAUGUUAGGUUUAGACCUUGGAUUAUGAGGAAGGAAUCAACACCUGAUGGACCCUCCCCUUCCACACAUAUGUUCUUCCAUUUUAAUACUUUGGUUGACUGUAGUAUCUUGCAACCAGUUAGGCUCACAAUAUUCCAGAGGGUGUUUUUGAUUCACUACUGCUGAGCUAAAAUACAUGGUUAUUUCCCAUCCCCCCAUCAGAUCUAAAAUUUUCCUGCCAGAAAAGAAAUCAUUUGUUGAUUUUGUCUGUCACUUAACAGUAUAAAAUCUAACUAAAGUAGUAAAAAUAAUUCUAAUUCAGAUUGUGAUAGCAUAUUAAUUCUAUUGAAUCUUUUAGUUAAAGUAUUUAUGUUGCUUCUACCUUAGACAGGCAAGGGCUUACUUUGCUGGACAGAUAAUUAGAGAAUUAAUUUUAGGUAUAAUUAUGUGUCCAGCGUCAGGCAUCAGUUUCGUCUGCAUGGAUUGUUUAACGGGAGAUUAGAAACAGAAGGAAAAGUUUUAUUACUGCAAUACUAAUUCCCCUUAGUUUUUGCAUUUGCACAAAUCUGCUACUGCUUGUUUCUAGUGUGCAGCAGCAGGAAUGCUGAAUCAGUAUACCUAAUACUUGAAAAAGUAUACUGGAAAUACCCAACAUGAUUUACAACAAUUGUGAAGUGCUGAUGAAGAGUUUUCUAGAGAGCAAUAGAUUCAGAAGCCCUUAAACGUUUGAAAAUGAAAUAAUAUGUGGAUCUGAGCAAAAGGAUACAUGAAAGC